AUGCCGGAAGGAAAGAAACGCCCAGCACCGCAGGAUCCGACUACAAAUGGAUUCGAUCCUCUAGAUAUCUUCAAAGCACAAAGUUCGAAUUAUUCAAGACUUCCCGAGCACAUUAAGUUAAUUGAAGACCACCUUGGCUGCGGUACCCAAGCCGAUACGGGAUUUCAAUUAUACGACAUCUUCGUAUCUAAGAAAGUUUUCGCAACCUGGGUCUUCGUCGUUAUUGUGCAGGAUCUAUCGAAAGGCAGUAAGGCUAUCACAGAGCACACGGUGUUUGAUGUCAAUUUGAAAGCCAGUUCUAAGGAGAAAAACCAGUGGUCAACACGUUCCGAUUCGUUCACAGAUGUCCCGUUGGUGGAUAUUGUCAAGUGUGAUAUAGACGGCAAGCCAGUCGUGGUAGGGUUGCUAUGUAUCCCAGUUGAAAUAAGACUGGAUGAGUCUCUAUAUUCCCCCAACCGAAAGGAGGAAUGGUUUCAAGAUCUCAGUCAAGAUACCAAGGCCGGAGUCAGAGUACAACGAAGGGACGAAGUCAGGGACGAGGAUAUGCCCUUUAACCACAUUUCAGACUUGAACACGAAUUAUGUCUUCGCUUUGGAAUACGGAUGGAAGAAAGCUGCUGAGAAAACCAAGCUAGUUCAAGUCACGACAAGAGACCCGACUUCUACUGAUGAGGCUCUCGCGCUAUUCCCAGAAACUUUCCUACGUCAAGACAAGUCCUGUGUCUUCCUUUUGAUAUGGGUAGCCCAUAGGGACAACGAAAAGUCGCCCAUGACAACUGAUACCCCUUUCACUAUAAAUCUGACAAUCAGAAAGGGGCCAGAAGAAAAGAAGUUGUUGGUGAAGCCCUACAACAACGAAAUAUCUGUAAAGCCCACGGGUGUGGACGCCACGGAGGGAUUCAUUUAUGGGCUGUUGAUUGUCUCUAUUCCCCAAAAGAAUAGAGAAGAAAUUCAGUUUUUCGAAGAGGCGUUUAAGGACCAAUGCUCGAUCGAUGUGAGCUACGUAUUAACACGACACAGAUAA